GUCGGGGUCGCGGCCAAGACCAAGGCGCAGCGAGUUCGAAGGCAGAACGCCCGCGGGCAUCGCCCCACACGAGAGGACCCCAGUCCUCCCCAUCUGAGGAUUUAGGCUUCCCCUUACCCCCAGGAGGCUCCCUGCCAAGAUGGCAUCAGCAGGAGACCCCCCCACCAGCCCUCGGGAUGCUGCAGACCAGAACUUUGACUAUAUGUUCAAGCUGCUCCUCAUCGGCAACAGCAGUGUGGGCAAGACAUCUUUCUUGUUCCGCUAUGCCGACGACUCCUUCACACCUGCCUUUGUCAGUACCGUGGGCAUCGAUUUCAAGGUCAAGACGGUCUACAGGCAUGACAAGAGGAUCAAACUGCAGAUCUGGGACACUGCGGGCCAGGAGCGCUACCGUACGAUCACCACAGCCUACUACCGUGGUGCCAUGGGCUUCCUGCUGAUGUAUGAUGUCGCAAACCAGGAGUCUUUUGCUGCUGUGCAGGACUGGGCCACACAGAUCAAGACUUAUUCCUGGGAUAAUGCCCAGGUCAUCCUUGUGGGGAACAAGUGUGACCUGGAAGACGAGCGUGUUGUGGCUGCUGAGGAUGGCCGGAGGCUUGCUGAUGACCUUGGUUUUGAGUUCUUUGAGGCCAGUGCCAAGGAAAACAUCAACGUGAAACAGGUCUUCGAGCGCCUGGUGGACAUCAUCUGUGAGAAGAUGAAUGAAUCCUUGGAACCCAGCUCCAGCUUGGGCAGCAAUGGGAAAGGCCCAGCCCUGGGGGACACUCCACCCCCCCAGCCAAGUGGCUGCAGCUGCUAGAAAUGGUCCCUAACCCGCACCCACUCCCUACGGCCUCAGCAGGGACUGUGAUGGAGCCAUGAGCACAAGGGCUGUUUCUAAACUCAGGGCACUGCCGCCCUUGCCUCCCAUCAGCUGCCCCUUACUCCUGCAUGGCCUGUUCCCUCACCAUGGCCACCAACAGUCCCUGACAUAGGCCUCAGGCCCUGGGGACUCCACAGUGAAGGCAGGGACUGGGGACAUUGACAUGCCUGAACUUGCUGCUUUUCAGGGGUUUUAAUGGCAGUGGUGUGGGCGGCAUGGUCACCCCUGCCUGGUGGAGGGUAUCCAGUGCCUUCUGCAUUAGGACCAUUGUCCAGGGCCAUUCUGUUGUUGGGUAUGUGUUGGACCUUGCUUGAUGUUCACAGGCAAGAUGGUUUGUUUUCUCCCUCAUGUAGUGUGGGUUCUCAGAAUUAAUCUCUGGAGAUAUGGAAGGCAGCUCCUCUUUCUCAGGUCCCCCAAUCUGUUCCCCAAGCCUGUCUGUGAACCUCUUUUAAGACCUCAGUGUGCUGAGGUGGGAGGUGAUUUGGCCUCUGUAGACUCCUCCCUUCUGGCCUGCAGAUCCUCCGCCUGUAAAAACAGUAUUACAGCAGCUUUUCCCAUUGUAAUGGGAUAGGGAGUCAGCCCCCCUCCGCCUUGCUUUCAGGGACCCCAAAAAGUGCCUUCCGAGCUUACCCAGAAUUCUACAUCACCCAUCAUCCAUCACCCUUUUCACUGUUCUGGCUUAUCCACUGAAUUUCUGAUCCAAAAUUGAAUUCUGGAACUACCAAUUGGCUGUGUCAGAUGGAGCAGAGAAUCUCUCAACCGCUGGCAUUCCUGCAUGGGGCUUUUUACCAGUAGUUAACCUCAGAGCCAUGAGCCUCCCGGCCAGGUUCCCCUCCUACCCCCACACCCCUGUUGGCUGGAAGUGUUUGGGGCUUUUUGACUGGUAGUGCUUUAAGCAAUGCCUUUCCACAUCUUACAUCCUGCUAGAAAAGGAAAUUGAGCAAUGUUUAGAAUCUGCCCUUGCUGGAGACUUUCCAAAGUGAGGACUUGGCUCCUCCCGCUUGAGGACCCUUGAACACCUGGUUUGUUUCCUAAGUCAUGUCAUUAGUGAGCCCCAGUGAUGUGACAUUUUCUGCUAAGGUAGGCGUCACUCAAAGGAAUGCUUUGUGCUUGGACCAGAGGGAUGAGGAAGCAGAAUUGUAUAACUGCUAUUUCUUGCACAUCAGCAGCCACAGCUUGGGAUUGGCAGCUUGAUGAAGGGAUGGGCUGGGCUAAGUCCCCCUGGUUGGGGCACAGCACAGCUGGGGAACUCAUGAGGCUAAAAUCUCCAGCUGCUGAGGCUCCUGCUGGGAAGUUAUGUGUAACUUGGGGAUCUACAUUGCAGACACUCCUUUGUCCCCUUUUCCCUGGCUCAGCAGCCCCACAAAGUCAAAACUGAUGGCAUAACACCAUCUGCCUCAGAACACCAACAGACGUGCCAGUUGACCAACACUGUAGCCUUAAACCUCUUCCUUCUCAGGUUAGGUUCAAGUUUAAGUUUAAUAUUACUCUAGAUUAAAUUUCUUCCUAAAAGAUCCUAUUCGCCUCAUACCAAGGACUAGCUAUCCGUAGAGCUUGAAAGUGAGGAUAUCUUUGUAUGCCAACAAAUUAGAUUUCUCACUGUGAAGUGAGUAAGUUGCUGAAAACAUAAAGUGAGUAUCUGAAUGUUUCAGGUGGAAGUCAAGUAUUCUAGUUUUAAUAUAAAAGUGAAAUUAAAGCAGCUAAAAAGUGUAUGCACCACAGUCUAGCGGGAGUCUAAUGUCUAGUGCAUUUUCCUUAAGCUGCUGCCAGGAAGAUGUGGUGGAACAGGGUCGUUAUAUGAGGGACAAACUGACUUGGCACCACCUAUAUGAUAAAAUACAGCUUUGGCUGCUUCAUGUACCUGACUUGGCCUAAGCUUCCUGUUUACACAUGAUUUUUUAACAGUUUGGUUUCAAGUAGCAACUGAGACAACUGCCUCUGGGAAUAAAGUAGGUUAACUUUUUUUGUUGUAAAAAUAGUACAAGUUUUUAUUUUAUGAUGUUUGGGGGCAAUGUUUGACUCCUGAUGGGCUUUAGGAAGCUGAAACUGAUGUCUUCAAAGAUCACUGUGGAGAUAGAAGUUUGUUAAGUUUACAAACAACAAUUAAACCAAAGGCUGUGUGACUUCCCACCUCCCCGGAGACUAAGGCUGUGGCAGCCCUUGAGGUGGUUCUGCACCAGUGCCAUCCCUUCUUACCAUUCACUUUUAGCAAUUUGUCUUUCUAAAGGCAGUUUCAGUGAUUUACAUGUCUGGUUAAGUGUUCUGCUUUUUUUUCUUUCUUCUUUUGGCUUCUCCAGGCAUAAUUUUCUUGUGUCUUUCUCUCCUCAUUAAAAAAAUAUGGGGUAAAGUUUGUUCUCAGUGUCAAGCACUAGUUCCACUGGCUGACUUCUCCCUGAUGAUCCUGAAACACUAUGGUGAGAGCUUUUGACCUGGUCAUUUGUAUCCUGGGUGUGGUUCUGUGUAAGUGAUUCUUUGAUGUCCAUUUAGAAAAACAUGCACUUUUCUCCACAAGGAAAAUUAAAUUAAAGCCAUUAUGCCCAAAUGUGGUGACUUAUUUCCAUUAGUGAAAUGUUUUCAGGAAGAGAUGGGCUGAUUCACAGCCAAAUAGAUGGUUGAUUGAGGGCCAUGCAGCAGAACCUGGAUCAGGCCAUGGAAGCUCUGCUCUGGGGCUGCCUCAAACCAAGCCACAUAGUCACUGUCUUGCUUCUGGAAAAUUCCCCAAUUAAUCCUAGUGAGGUCUGACUUACCCUCAGCAUCCAGAGGAUACCUGUGAGCACUUGAGUUGAGUCAAAUCCCUCCAUUGUUCAAACCUUCCAUGGUUCCCACUUUACCUGGGGUAAAAUCCAAAGUCUUUACCUGCUCACUCCGACCCGUCACCUCCCUACCCUCAACUCUUCCCACUUUCCCUGCUCCAGUCACAUUGGCCUCCUUGACUCUAUUUAGGUAUGCUAGACCCCU